GCCGCCACGCCGCCGCCCUCCGCCGCUGCCAUGCCGUUCAGCUUGGCCGAGAUCGUCGUCUCGAGAUGAGGCCCCGGCCUAGCCCGGCCACCACGUAGACCGUCAUGACGACCAUGGCGGGCGUGCUGCCGUCCGCCGGCCCGGGCCUCGUGCUGCAGGCCGUGCACGGCCUCAACCAGACCGCCAACGGCAGCGCCGUCAACGCCUCGGCGCACCCCGACAACUGCGGCGACAACUGCGAGGACGAUGACGUCAUCACGUACCCGGCCGUGCAGGCCUUCUUCUGCAUCCUGUACACCACCAUCUUCGUGCUGGGCGUGUUCGGCAACGUGCUCGUCUGCUACGUGGUGGGCCGCAACCGCGCCAUGCAGACCGUCACCAACUUCUUCAUCACCAACCUGGCCCUGUCCGACAUCCUGCUCUGCAUCCUGGCCGUGCCCUUCACGCCGCUCUACUCGUUCGUGGGCCGCUGGGUGUUCGGCCAGGUCAUGUGCCACCUGGUCACCUACGCGCAGGGCACGAGCGUGUACAUCUCCACGCUGACGCUCACCUCCAUCGCCAUCGACCGCUACUUCGUCAUCAUCUACCCGUUCCAGCCGCGCAUGAAGCAGUCCACCUGCCUGUUCAUCAUCCUGGGCAUCUGGACCUUCUCCCUGGUGGUGACCGUGCCCUACGGCCUCUACAUGUCCUUCAACGACACCUACUGCGAGGAGGCCUGGCCCUCGGAGAACUUUAGACAGAUCUACUCCGGCGUGACCACGGUGCUGCAGUUCCUGGUGCCGCUGGUGGUGAUCGCCUUCGCCUACAUCUGCGUGUCGGUGCGCCUGUCGGACCACGCGCGCCUCAAGCCGGGCUGCAAGUCGAGCCGCAAGGAGGAGGCGGACCGCGAGCGCAAGCGCCGCACCAACCGCAUGCUCAUCGCCAUGGUGACGGUCUUCGGCAUGUCCUGGAUGCCGCUCAACGUCAUCAACCUCAUCAACGACAUCCACAUGUCCAUCGGCAACUGGCGCUACUACAACCUGGUCUUCUUCAUGGUGCACGCCCUGGCCAUGUCGUCCACGUGCUACAACCCCUUCCUGUACGCCUGGCUCAACGACAACUUCCGCAAGGAGUUCAAGCAGCUGCGCGGCAAGCGGAAGGACCCGUCCACGUCGUCGCCCACCACCGAGGCCGUGUCGUGGACGGGGGCGUGCAUGGGCAGCUCCACGAACCUCGGCGACCUGGUGACGGCCACGUACUCCACCGAGGACGGUUCGGUGGAGGUGCACCUGCCGCUGGAGGCCGUGGUGCUGGCCGCCAACAGCUCCAGCCCCACCAGCCCCGUUGGCGUGAGCCCCCCCGGCGUGAGCCCCGGCGCGGCCUCCCCCACCGCCGGCACGGCCGGCACGGCCUGCACCAGCAUCGCCGUGGCGCCCCCGGAGCGGCCCCUCAUCAGCAUCUCCCCGGAAAGCUCGCCCCGGAACCACGCCGUCGUGAGCAGGGCAAUGUCCGGGGCCGCGGCGGGGGCGGCGGCGGCGGGGCCCGCACCGGCCAUGGCGACUGCCGCCGUCGACAACGGGGCCAACGGGAGCCUCCGUCUCCUGGUGACUUCUGGCAGUGCGACCGUGGCUUAG